AUGGGUAAUGAACAAUACUCUUCACAGGCAAUUCACUUGGCUAGGAAAAAACUACCGGUGGGUGCGUUCAAGGAGGUGAAUCGUUUUUUACACCAAGGACCACACGAACCACGUGUGUUUGCGGUGGAUGGAUCAAAGGUGCAUGUUCACCCUUCUUUUAUCGGCGCGGGCUAUAAGACCCGAACGAAUGAUAAGCCAGUGCCGCGUCCAGCAAAAUCACCUCUCGUCAUGCUCUCUUCGAUGGUAGAUGUGAAAACUAAGGCAUGCGUGGACUUCGAGCUCACGAAACACUUCAACGAGGACGGCAGCCGUAUCUAUACUCAGAAGUUACGGAGCAUUCAUGACUCUCAGGCGUUUGGUGUUUGGCGGCUGAAGAUAAAUGCGUUCAAGGGCACAAAAUCUUUUAUUAGUUCGUGGAGAACAGAAACCACCUGUCUUAUUCUUGGUGUUCAGUCGCGUCUCGUGAAAUACUCCAUCAACGGAAAAACGUACGUUUGCCUGACGAACGACCCAACGUUGUCUCGAAGAGAUAUCAAAGCCAUUUAUGCUUCAAGGUGGAGGGGGGAGCAGAGCUUGCGACUUAAAUCAAACGUCAGGCUCGAAAAAGCUCACGCAAGAACCCCUGAUCUGUACAUACAGGAAGUAGAAGCAAGAGUUUUGCUUGACACAAUAACUUUGCGAUUACAGAGGUAA